CUCUCUCUCUCUCUCUCUCUCUCUAAAAAGAGAGAAGGAACGAAGCAAAGCCCUCGCGAGCAUCAUCGCAGUACUCAUCUCUUUUUUCUCGCUUUCUCAGUCGAACAGAAGUGAAAGUGUGGUCUUCCUCUUAUCCGGCGACGUUUUAAAACUUCGGGGAGCAGGUUCGAUUGUUGUGAUUCCCUCUCUCUCUCUCUCUCUCUCUCUCUCAGCAUAUGAAGAUGGCUUGCAGAUUUGGGGGGCCUUAAUCGCGGAUCUGUUUAUCCAUGUCAAGAUGGGGAAUGCGUGUUGUGUUGCUGCUCCUGACAAAAUGGUCCUCUCAGCUGCUGAGACUGAGAGGAGGCAUUCUCCUCCUUGGAGUUUCCGCUGGGAUAAUCAUAAUCAUAAUCAUAAUCAUAAUCAUAAUCAUAAUAGAGGAGGAGGACGUGUUGCUGGUGCAGACUCCUCUCUUAGUCGUAACGAUGGGUCUGACUUCAAAUUUGAAUCUCCUUUUGUGUCUUCUUAUGGCUCCCCUAGUUUAGAUAGCUUUCAGACUCAGACAUUGCACAAAUCUCCCCCCUCAGAUCUAUCAUUUCCAACAUGUUCUUCCAUGAAUACACUCUUCGAGCAGAAAGAAAAUGUUUCAACAGAAGCUGCACCGCCUUCAUAUCCACCUCCUCCACGAUUGUCUCUUUCACUGGCUUCCCAACCAUCUUCUUUCCCACCAUCACCACUUCCUUCCCACCCUGCAAGUUCAUCCACACUUCAGCUGACUCAGCGCCGUCGUCUAUCAAAGCAACUCUCAGAUGGUCAGAUCUAUGGAAUUAACUCACUAAGCAGAAGCUCAUCAACUGAAGAGAGGCAGGGAACAACUUUCAGAUAUGAUUCUUCUCAGAGUGGACCAUCUGAAGGUUGGUCACGGCAAGCCUUUUCUGAAAUUAUGUCAUCUUCUCGCUGCAACCAGCCUUUGUCUAAUGAUAAUGACUGCUUUGGCCUUGAACGUGACAAGAUUGCCGAUCCUGGCAACCGAAUGUCCAUUCAUCAGCAGCAAACCUGUGGUGCAUGCGCUAGACCCUUGUCAGAGAAAUCCUUGUGGAGCAGCCAAAAUAUCUUUAUGACCAAUGAGCUCUCUGUGUCUGCAAUUCUAGCUUGUGGGCAUGUCUAUCAUGGUGACUGUUUAGAGCAGAUGACGCCAGAAGUCGAUAAGUUCGACCCAUCAUGCACAAUCUGUAUAUUGGGGGAGAAGAAAACAGCGAAGCUGUCAGAGAAAGCACUGAAAGUGGAGAUGAAUUUGAAAGCUAAAAGACUCAGAAACCGAGUUUUGAACAGUGAUUUUGAGUGCGAUGAUUUUGUGAUGUUUGAUCACAGCCACAUGGCUUCAGCAGCAGCAGCCGAGAGCCCUAAACUGGUAUCGAGUUCGAGCGUCAAGAGCUAUUCCGCAAAGCCUUUCUUGGCUAGACAUCUCUCUUUUGGGUCCAGAGGUAACAGUAAAUCCACUAAAGAAGAUCUUCCUGUCAGAAAGAAAGGCUUCUUCUGGACUAAAUCCAGCAAAAUAUGAGCUUAUUCUGCGUUGCUCUGUGAAGCAUAGAACUCGAAACACACACACACGGACACGGUACCAUUCAUUUAAGACAGGCCAUUCGUAGUUGCACAUUGUCUUCAUUUGCUUUUUUUUUUUAAAUUGGUUACUUAAUUUUCACACUUGUAAAGUUACAAAUUUAGAAUACAAAAUUGGGGUUGAAAACAACAUUGAAUCACUAGUCUAUAAAUUAUUCUGGAUGUGCAUAGA